AUGAUUGGCAAGGCAUCUACCAACGUGCUCCGCGGGUUCCAGCGUGCUGCUAGCUCGCGUGGCCUGACGACGUCGGCGGUGCGCCGCAGCUAUGAGGACACCAUUAAGAACAUUUACGUGCAGAAGGACUCGCGUAUUAUCUGCCAGGGCUUCACUGGUAAGACCGGCACCUUCCACUGCCAGCAGACCCUUGACUACGGUACCCAGCUGGUCGGUGGUGUGUCGCCCAAGAAGGCUGGUCAGACGCACCUGGGUCUCCCCGUGUUCGGUUCCGUGCAGGAGGCCGUCGACAAGACUAAGCCGGCCGCAUCAGUGAUCUACGUGCCGCCGGCUGGUGCUGCCGAUGCAAUCAUCGAGGCCGUCGAGGCGGAGGUGCCUCUGAUUGUCGCCAUCACGGAGGGCAUUCCCCAGAGGGAUGAGAUUCGCGUGGCCAACGUGCUCAAGCAGCAGAGCAAGUCGCGCCUCAUUGGCCCCAACUGCCCGGGUGUGAUCAACCCUGCUGGCUGCAAAAUCGGUAUCAUGCCCGGCCACAUCCACAUGCCCGGCAAGAUCGGCAUCGUGUCGCGCUCGGGCACCCUCACUUAUGAGGCGGUCAACCAGACUACGCGUGUCGGUCUGGGUCAGUCUCUCUGUGUCGGUAUUGGUGGCGACCCAUACCCUGGCUCGACCACGGUGGACUUGGUGAAGCUUUACCUGGAAGACCCCAAGUCGGAGGGUCUGGUGAUCAUUGGUGAGAUUGGCGGUAGCAUGGAGGAGGAUGCUGCCGAGUACUUGGAGAAGUACAACCUGUCGCGACCCGACCCGAAGCCCGUUGUGGCUUUCAUUGCUGGCCGCACGGCGCCCCCGGGCCGUCGUAUGGGUCACGCCGGCGCCAUUAUCAGCGGUGGCAAGGGCGGAGCCGACUCGAAGGUCAGCGCUCUCGAGAAGGCAGGCGCCAUUGUCGCAGACAGCCCCGCGAAGAUUGGUGAGCUGAUGCUGGAGGCUAUGAAGAAGGCUGGCAAGGCCUAG